AUGACAAGGAGUACAGAUGAAGAGACUAAUAAUGUGUCCGAAGAACAACUUACCAACUGUGAAAAAUCUGGAAGAAAUACUUCAAGUGAAAUAGAUAAUAGAAGUGAGUCGAUGAGUGGUAUUAGUGAAGGCGAGAGGCCAAGUCAAUUGGGAGAAAGUGAUGGAAAUAGGAAUUCGAAAUCAAAGAAAUAUUACGAAAGUAAUGCUGGAGAUGGCACGAAGGCUACAGAUCAUCACUUAACAGGGCUUCCAUUGAUUGCUACUUUAGUAAGCUGUUUCACUAGUUUGUUCAUUGUUGCAUUAGACCAAACUAUUGUAUCUACUAUACUUACAACUGUGGGAAGUGAGUUCCACAAUUUUGAAAAGAUAGGAUGGCUAACCUCAGGGUACUUAUUAUCAUUAGCAUGUCUUGCAUCAAUCUACGGUAAAGUAUCCAUUGCAUUCGGAAGAAAAUAUACAUUAGUAUGGGGAAUUCUAGUCUUUGAAGCUGGUUCAGUUGUUUGUGCAAGAGCUCAGAAUAUGGACACUUUAAUAGCAGGUAGAGUUAUACAGGGUAUUGGAGGAAGCUGUGUACAAGCUUUAACUAUUAUAAUUAUGACAGAAGCUGUAAUUUUAAGUCGUAGAGCGCUUGCAUUCAUUUUGAUAGGUGUUUGCUUCUCGCUUGCUAGUGUAAUUGGACCUUUCAUCGGAGGUGCAUUUGCAACUCAUGUUACGUGGAGAUGGUGUUUUUAUGUGAACUUACCAGUGGGUGGGUUUGCUAUUGUAUUAUUGAUUGUAUGUUUUCACCCACCGAAACCCAAGGGCAAUUUUAAAGAAAAGCUCGCAAGAAUUGAUUAUUUGGGCGUAUUUCUCUUAACUAGUGGGUUAGUUUUGGUAUUACUAGGGUUGACAUUUGGCGGUGUUGAUUUUUCUUGGAAUUCGGCUGCCAUAAUACUUCUUUUCGUCUUAGGAGGACUAUUAAUCAUAGUAUUCUGCAUAUAUAACUUCAAGAUAUCCAAGGAUCCAAUUAUAAUUAAAGAGGUUAUUAUUAUUCCACAAAUAUUUGCAGCUUCGUGGAGUGCAACCUUCAAUUUUGCAUUUUUCAUGGCAAACUUGACCUAUCUUGCCAUUUAUUUCCAAGUCAUAUUCAAUGCUUCACCGUGGCAAUCCGGUGUAGAUUUAUUACCAAUGGUUAUUUCAGUUUCACUAUCAUCAAUUGCAAAUGGUGUUUUCAUGCGGUUCACGAGAUAUGUUAAAGUUACAAUGUUGAUAUCAACUACUCUUGGACCAAUUGGUUGUGGUUUGCUAUUAUUGUUGGAAAAAGAUUCACCAGCCAGGGAUAGAAUAGGUUUAUUAAUUAUAUCCGGUAUUUCUGUAGGACUUCAAUUUCAAAGUUCAUUACUCGCGGCCCAACUAGAAGCACCUCCAGAUGUUGAAGGUUCCUUAAUUUUAACCACAAUCUUUUUGAAUUUCCUUAAGUCUACCGGUGCCACCGUGGCUGUUACCUUAGCUCAGUUAAUUUAUCAGGCAACUGGCACUUCGUACAUUAAUAGUUUAUUAAAUAGACUAGAAAAAGGUUCUACGGAAUACGAAUCUUUAAAAAAGGUUCCAGUGAAGACAUUGAUUUCUACCCCAUCUCUUAUUCAAAGUUUGCCAGACUCCGCCAAGGAAAUGGUUUUAGAUCAGUUCAUGAAAGCACUAAAAAAUGUUUUCUAUUUAGGACUUGCGUUUUCAUGUGCCGGGUUUAUUGUAUCGUUAUUUACGACCAAUAAGAAGAUUCCAAGGCAUGAAAAUGUAAAGAAGGCUGGGGAUGAAUGUGAUGAUGAAGCAUUAAUAGGUGAUCAAAAUUCUACAAAUGCUGAUACUGCUGGUAACCAGCUUCCUCCCUCAAUAGAAGGUAAUAAAUAA